AUGGCCGCAGAUAACAUCCCAGACGCGGCUACAAAGGACGCCUCCAGCACGCCCCGCGUGGAGGUGAAUGGAAAAGGCGAGGAGACUGUGGAGGAGACGGACACGGCGCAAGGGGCUCCCUCUUCCAAGGAAGAUCCUUCCAAGGAGCCUCCUGGCAAAGAGCAAUCAGAGGGCUCUUCCAAGGAUGGUCCCCCUGCUGCGGAGGAUUCUUCUAAGGAGCAGUCCUCCAGCAAGGAGAACUCCUUUGCCAAAGAGGGCUCCGUUGCAGCAGACGGGUCCUCUGUGAAGGAGGGAUCUUGCAACACGCAGGAAGCUUCCGCGCAGCAGGAACAGCCUACGAAGGAGGAGUCCUCUGCCAGAGAAGAUCCAUCCACGAAGCUUGCUUCGGAGACUCAG